AUGCUAACAACAACUUCCGAAAAACUACACUCAAUCUAGGCUAUUGUAAAUUUACCUUUAUAUUAUUUUUCCAUGGACCUUGGCGGCGUCGUAUUAACUUGUGAAUAUGUCUUAAUUGAAAUAAAAAAUUCUUUCAAUCUUUUCGUGAGCAGGGAAAACUGCGUACGCGAUUCAUCAAAAUGGUGAAAAUUAUGAAAAGUGGGAAGGUGGUACUCGUCCUGAGUGGACGAUACGCAGGACGAAAAGCCAUCGUCAUGAGAAAUUUUGAUGAAGGAACAUCGGAAAAACAAUACGGUCACGCAAUGGUGGCUGGUAUUGACCGAUAUCCCAGAAAAGUACAUAAACGUAUGGGAAAGGGCAAACUUCAUAAACGCUCCAAGAUUAAGCCAUUUGUUAAGAUUUUAAAUUAUAACCAUUUGAUGCCAACGCGUUACACAGUGGAUUUGCAGCUCGACAAAGUAGCACCUAAGGAUUUAAAAGAUCCAAUGAAGAGGAAGAAGGUGCGAUUCCAAACUCGUGUUAAAUUCGAAGAAAGGUACAAAUCUGGAAAGAACAAGUGGUUUUUCCAAAAGCUGAGGUUCUAAUUUGUAAUAAAUAAACAAUUUUAUCGA